UGCUGCGCAGGGAAGGGCAGUGCUGGCUCUUCGACUGCGGCGAGGGGACGCAGACGCAGCUGAUGAGGAGCCACCUGCGAGCAGCGAGGCUGUGUGUGCGGGGGUAACCUUUACGGUUUGGCAAACAAAUCUGACACCAAGCUCUCCUCCAGUCGCUGUGCUCUCUCCCUCCUCAGCGGCAGGAGCUGACUUUUGUCUCCCAAGGAGUGAAGAUGAAUUGUUACAAACAAGAGUACAAGCCCCUGCUCCUCCAAAACCUCUCAGGGAAUUUAAUGGCAGCCAGAAUUACCAAGAUUUUCAUCACCCACCUUCACGGCGACCACAUCUUUGGGCUUCCUGGGCUGCUGUGCACGCUCAGCCUCCAGAGCAGCCCCGAUGGCAGCAAAGCCCCCGUUGAUAUUUACGGGCCACUGGGGCUACGGAGCUUCCUCUGGAGGAGCCUGGAGCUGUCCCACUCGCAGCUCCUCUUCCCCUACACCGUCCACGAGCUGGUCCCCACGCGGGACCAGUGCCCCGCAGAGGAAUUCAAGGAUUUCUCUGGCUUGGACAGGGCUGAGGCGCUUCCCCAGGGGCCUCCAGGGAGAGUUCUGCACCUGGAUCCAGCAGAAGACUCCUACUUGCUGGUGGAGGACGAGCAGCUGGUUGUGAGAGCGUUCCGCCUCUUCCACCGCGUGCCCUCCUUCGGCUUCGUGCUGGAAGAGAAGCCCCGGCCUGGGAAGCUCAACGUGCAGAAACUGAAAGAUCUUGGAGUCCAGCCAGGCCCCCUGUACGGGAGGCUGAAGAGCGGGGCUGCCAUCGUGCUGGAGAGCGGAGCCACGCUGCAUCCCGCGGACGUGCUGGAGGCGCCCAUUCCCGGCAGGAAGAUCUGCGUGCUGGGCGACUGCUCGGGGGCGCUGGGGGCCGGGGCGCUGCGGCUGUGCCAGCAGGCUGACCUGCUGGUGCACGAGGCCACGCUGGGGGACAGCCAGCAGGACAAGGCGCGGGAGCGCGGGCACAGCACCCCCGGCACGGCCGCGCGGCUGGCACGGCAGUGCCGCGCCAAGAGGCUGGUGCUGACACACUUCAGCCAGCGGUACACAGCCGGCCACGCCGAGCUGCAGCAGCUCAGGGGACAGGCCGAGGCCGUGCUGGACGGCCAGGAGGUGAUGCUGGCCGAGGACUUCAUGACCAUAGAGAUCCCAGUGAAAAAGUGAAAUCCGGGGACUUUGUGACCACAGAGAUCCCAGUGACAAAGUGAAAAUGUGACUUUAUGUCCCCACAGAGAUCCCAGUGACAAAGUGAAAUCUGGGGAAUUUGUGACCACAGAGAUCCCAAAGACAAAGGGAAAUCCGGGGAGUUUGUGACCAAGGAGAUCCCAGUGAAAAAGUGAAAAUGUGACUUUAUGUGACCAUAGAGAUCCCAGCGAAAAAGUGAAAUCCAGGGAAUUUGUGACCACAGAGAUCCCAGUGAAAAGGUGAAAACGUGACUCUUUGUGACCUCAGAGAUCCCAAUGACAAAGGGAAAUCCAGGGACUUUGUGACCACAGAAAUCCCAGUGACAGAGUGAAAAUGUGACUUUAUGUCCCCACAGGGAUCCCAGUGACAAAGUGAAAUCCGGGGAAUUUGUGACCACAGAGAUCCCAGUUAAAACAUGAAAACUUGGGACUUUGUAACCACACAGAUCCCAGUGACAGAGUGAAAAUGUGACUCUAUGUGACCACAGAGAUCCCAAUGACAAAGUGAAAACUGGGGACUUUGUGACCACAGAAAUCCCAGUUAAAACGCGAAAAGCGGGGACUUUGUGCCCUCAGAUGAGAUGCCAAUGACAAAGUGAAAUCCAGGGACUUUGUUUCCACAGAGAUCCCAAUUAAAACGUGAAAUCUGGGGACUUUGUGCCCACAGAUGAGAUGGCAGUGACAAAGUGAAAGCCGGGGAGAUGGCAAUGGCAAGGUGCAGAGGGUGUUGCUGUCGAUCUGAGCUGUCUGUGGGGACAGGGUGGGGUGGCCCAGCACUGCAGGUUAACAGCAGAGCCUUUGGUGCCCAGAUGAGCUCUGCAGAACUGCAAACCGCAGGGAGUUGUGUUGUUUCUGUACAGGGAGACGAGAGGAUGCUCCAGCACCUGGCACCUGGAGUGAAUCCACAAGUGACAGACUCCGCAGAGCCCGGGGGGCUCCCAGGGCUGGAUCCCCUGGCUCAGUGCACCCUCAGGAGGGUGUCCUGACCCUUAAAAACCUCGGGGAACAUCUCUGCCACCCCCCCAGGCAGCAUCUUAUGGCCCUGAAGUUAAUAAAGCACGGAGACCCUGCCGAACGUUUGUAACUUUUGCUCAAGUGCAGCGGCU